GCAGGCCUCGCGCGGCGUCUGUGCGCUACGUGACCUUCCGAGUCGUUGGCUGUGGGUCCUCGGUUCGGCGGAGCCGUUCGUCCUGCGCCGAGAUGCUUCAAGGCCUUAUUAAAAACGUUUGGAUCCCCAUGAAGCCCUACUACACCCAAGCUUACCAGGAGAUUUGGUUAGGAACGGGUUUGAUGAGCUUCAUCGUGUAUAAGAUCAGGAGUGCUGAUAAAAGAAGUAAAGCUUUGAAAGCUUCGAGUCCCGCGCCUGCCCACGGCCACCAUUAAGCAGCAUCACGCGGAGCGCCUUUCAGACGGGACAUCAUCGGGCUGUAAAGUGUAAAGACAGGGACGGGGAACACGGCUGUCCACUUGUACGAGCACCAUUUGCUGGUGGCGUGAAUAAACGUGUGAGAUGAACCUCUGCCUGUACCGGUCCUGCUUUCAGUGGCGUCGCCCACAGCUCCUUUCUGGGUGCCUGCCGUAGUCUGAGCCAAGCCCUGGUACUGAACACAGCAGACGGAGCGGGGUCUCGCUGAGCCGCCCCAGCUCUGGGAGUGAGGAGCUGCAGCGUGAGCGUCUCAGUUAUCACAGGCCGAGGGUCAGGGUCUAGGCACUCACUCACACCUCCAGUGUCCAAUAAACAUUUGUUACACGUGGUUCUGCUGCUUGCUCGUGGUCUCUGUGAGCCUCAGCUUUCUCGUUGGAAAAAUGGAGAUGAUGACAUGCAAGUUCCAACAGCGUUAUUGGGAGGGUCAGUAAGAGAAGGAUGGGGAAGCGCUUUCUAAGUUGAGAUGCUUUAGAGAUACAGGGUGGUGGUAGAUCCACAUGGUGGGUACAGUUAUAAGCUGUAGGAGAAGAUUUUACCAGGAAAUAAUUAAUCGCCUAGAAAGUAAAGUACAUAGUAUAAAAAAAUCCAUUGAUAUUUCUCCUAGUGGCACUAAUACCAAAUGAAUGCUACAAAAUAUUUUUUCCACCGAAGGCAGUUACCAAAACCCCUGGGAUUGCGUGCAAAACAGAUUCUAA